AUGGAGAAUGCAAGCAAAGUCAACCAAUUCUCAUCUUCCAUCUCUCCCACCUCCACCUUCACCACUUCUGCCACCAGAAGUAUUACAUGUCGUUCAAAGGCGUGCAAGUCACAGAAAGGCUCAAUAAGAGCUCGAAAGGGAAACAAUGGCAAUGAGGAAAAGAAACUAAGUAAAACUAGUGGUGACGCUAGUGGUGGUGGUGGUGAGGAUGGUGAAGAGCACCACACCUAUCGAGGUGUAAGAAAGAGGAGUUGGGGAAAAUGGGUGUCGGAAAUACGUGAGCCACGGAAGAAAUCAAGAAUAUGGCUUGGAACAUUCUGGACGGCAGAAAUGGCAGCUCGAGCACAUGACGUAGCUGCGAUAGCCAUAAAAGGCACCUCGGCCUACCUUAAUUUCCCUCAAUUAGCACAUCUACUUCCACAGCCUGCCAGCAGAUCACCCAAAGACAUCAGGGAAGCUGCCGCAAAGGCUGCCGCCAUGACAUGCGGCGGAGAUGGAGUUGGAGCCGAAGCCGAACCAGAUAGCCAACCCAUACUUUCUCACUCUCAGUCAUCAACCACCUUAUCAUCGGAAAACACCCAAGAUGGAGCAGAGCCAGAAGGCCAAGAAACAAUGGUUUCCGACGAUGAUACAUUCUUUGACUUGCCAGACCUUUCCCUCCACAACAUCGACGUGAGCGACGGUUUUUUUAAUGCUUCAUCGUGGCAGGUAGUGGCCGGUGUUGAUAGUGCCUCCCGGUUUGGAGCUGAAGAGCCGUUUCUAUGGGAGAUAUACUAG